AUGAUGCAGGAGUCAUCCACAUCGUGCGAUUCGUCCGAAUUACGACGUAUGGGUCGACAAUCGUCGCCGGAUGAAUCCACAACGAGACCCACAAGUCUUAACGGAAUCUCGACAUUGACAACUACUGAAACUGCGAAGCAAUACGCACAAGGAUUCUAUGAUGCAUUACGGUUCGCUCAAGCGAAAGACAACUUCAAUUUCACUGUCACACCAUCGCAACUACCACCAAUACCACCAACGAGUCCAAUGAUGACACCAUUGGCGCCGAAAGAGAUGGAGACGAUUCUGAUGUCGUUGCUGAGCACAACGACGCCGGGCAAUGGGACGACGUUUCCGCCGGUCAGCUCGCCGCUGGCGGCACUUCAGAUCACCAACGAGUCAUCGGCUGAACGCGACAAUCCGUUUAACACAAUUUUCGCCAAUUUGCCCAAUUCGCAAAUUUCCAACAAUUUCGACGAGGCGUCGACGUCGCGAAAUGCCAACUGGAAUUCGUCGUCGACGACGACGACGUCGAAAAUUGGCGAAACGAGCAGUAUGCCGCCACAAUCGAAGCAUUUCGAACGCUCCGACGAGUCCGACGGCAACGUCUCCUCAAAUUCUCGAUGCUCGUCGCGAAAUCGAAUCGAUGAGUGA